AUGAUGAAUGAUGACGAAAGUUCUCCAUCAUUUCUUGUUCAACGUCGAUCAAAAAAAAAUCGUCAAACAAAAACUCAACUUGUUUUUGAUGAACAAGCACGAAAAGAAUAUCUUAAAGGUUUUCAUAAACGUAAAGUUGAACGACGUGAACGCGCACAAAAAGAACUUGAAGAUGAAAUAAAAAAUGAUUUAAAAAAUUUAAGACAAAAACGACGUGAAGAUAUGAGAAAACGACAUGAAGCAUUAGGUUUACUUGAUACUGUUGAAAAUAAUACAAAAAAACGAACAAUUGAAUUAAAAAAUCAUACAAUUGAAAUAGCUGAAAUAGAUGAUCAAUUAAUUUCAAAUACAGGAUUAUUUAUGGGUAAUAAUCAAAUUAAUGAUAAUGAAACAAAUGAAAAAAAUGAUGAUGAACCAUCAUCAAAAAAAUCAAAAAUUAAAACACCAUUAUCAAAAAAAAUGUCCCUAUUACAAAAUAUGAAAGCACCUAAUCCAAUGAAAAAAGGACAUCAUAAUAAACAAAAACAACGACGUUCACAAACAAAACUUGGUAAAAAUGGUGGUAUUCAAACAGCAUCAAAAAAGAAAAGAACUCGAAAAUAA